UUUGAUCAGUAAAGUCUCUAAAAGCGAUGAGGGGGCGCUGUGCAUCACCUCCGCUUAGACGCACCAGCCAGACAGUAGCAGUCGAUCGCAGAGGCCUCAUCCACUGUCUCCCCCUCUUUGUGUUUAUAUAUGUUUUUUAAAAUCUUUUUUGAGGGAAGCUGCCAAGCCCUAUCCCAAAGAGCAGGGACCAAAGAGCAAAAAUAAUGUACGCUUUCGUGCGUUUCUUGGAAGACGACAUGUGCUGCGCGUUACCUGUGUCAGACGUGAAAGAUUUCCAGCCUUUGCACAAAAGAGAUUUUGAUGAUCAGAAGGUGUAUGUGGUGCUGAGAGGCACAGGCCAGCCUGCAAAAGCACACAUCCUCGCCCUGGCAGAAAGCAUUGAGGAAUUUGAGCACAGUAUUAUGCAAAAGAAGAUGAAAAUACCCAAGAUGUCUAACAGAAACACAGUGGAGAAUCACGUUGGGGAGGAGAGAAUGCCCCUUAGACAUAAAAAGGUCCAGUCGCCGGAACAGCAGCGGACCAGUUCAAACUCUUCAAAGAGCCUGGCUGCGGUGGUGGCGCGACUGGAGAGGAACGCUGUGAACUCAUGCGUGGAGGGAGAAGAGCUGGACAGACUCACAAAUGAGGAGGAGGAGGAAGAGCAGGACGAGGCAGUUGUGCCUCGCGUGCUGUACGAGGAGCUGGUGCACAGCUACAGACAGCAGGAAGAGGAAAUGCGACGUCUGCAGCAGGAACUGGAGCGCACGCGCAGACAGCUGCUGCAGCAGGCCAAGAAACUGAAGGAGUAUGGAAGUCUGCUGACCGAAGUCAAGGAGCUGCGUGACUUUAAUAGACGUCUGCAGGAUGUCCUGCUCAUGAGACUUGGCAGUGAGCCGAUGCAUGACAAUGGUACACAGACAAUCAGAGCAGAGGUGGUGGAGCCAAUCAGUGAACCACAGGAGGCGUGUCCAAAGGAGGCCAACACUAGCUCCAACCACUCCCCGUCACCUAAGACCGUCUACACCUUCAAUGAUGGAAAAGUGCACUUGGGUGGAGGUAUUUGGGUGGAGGAAGAGAAGUGGCAUCAGCUACAACGGACACAGGGAGACUCGAAAUUCACCAAAAAUCUGGCGGUGAUGAUCUGGGGCACAGAAACCCUAAAGAACCGCAGCGUCACCGGCGUCGCUACGAAGAAGAAGAAAGAUGCCCUACCUAAACCACCGCUAUCUCCAAGCAAGCUCAAAAUUGUCAGAGAGUGUCUGUAUGACCGCGUGUCUCAAGAAACGGCCGACAGCGCGGAGAUCACCCAGCGAUUAUCCAAAGUGAACAAAUACAUCUGCGAAAAGAUUAUGGAUAUCAACAAAUCCAUCAAGAACGAGGAACGACGAGAGUCCAAGCUACUCAUCCAACAGACAGUGAAGAUGGAAAACUUUCCCUACGACGGCCUGUAGGGGGUUUCCAAGUUGUCACCAUAGCUCAUUCUACUCCUCAAGGACAUCUGGUGGAGAAGGUGCACAUAAUCACUGGCGCUGCCAAUUGAGAUUUUCACAGAUGCCCUCCCACAACCUUGACCUCUUUUUACUCCGUAUUCCUUGAUUCAGGCCUGUCUGACAGCUUUACCUCUCCCCACACUGCAUUAGCAUUCUGGCGUGCAUUCUGUGAGCGAAUCGGGCUGGGUGGGGCAUGGUUUUGUAAGCUUGAUUGGGGAAUUUUGGGGUGGGUUGGAUAUUACACAUGUUAGACAGGAGCGAUCCUUUAAAUCGUGUUCGAGGAAAAAUGUGUUUGGCACAUCGGCUUGUGUUCUGUGUCAGAACAUGUUCUAAUGUAUUAAAGUGGAAAAGAAUGGAUUUCCUUCCGAAGUCUUGUUUUUGGAGGAUGUUUGUAGGGCGUCGCAAAUGCUGGCUUAGAUUCGGAGUCGUAGAGGAGGUGGGUCACUUCAGAGGGACCAUCUGCUAAAGGUACUUAACAUAGAGUUGCACUUUUAAACAGGGUCACACCCUGCGUUGUCUUAAUGAGCGAUUGAUUUAAUUAAUCAAUCCAGGCCCAAUUGCUCCCGUUAAUUGCUUUCCUGAGAUGACUACUGAUGGUCUGUUCUUGUUCUUGAUAGUUGUUGGAGAGGGUGCAUGUAGCCAAUCAUGCUAAACAGUGGUCCUCAGAGAUUUUUUUGGAUAUAAGCAAUAUCCAAAAGGUGAACGGAUUUGGGUGUUUUUGUUUUUAUCAAUACAGGUUUAUCAGGAUGUUUACGGUGUUUUGUUUGCAUAUCUUAAGGCAAUUCGGGGUCUUCGGGUCCUUCUGGGAAGUUCAAAUGUCGUAAUUAUGACGUUUAAUUCAUUUGGAAACGGUGAACACAACAUGACUUGAAAACAGAAAUGUACAAAUUUCUAUUAACUUGUGAUAAUCUCUUGUAUACAAAAACAGCACAGGGGUAGUUGACGAAUAAACCGUUAAUGUGUCCUAUGGUGUGACAGCCAUUUAGAAAAAAACUGGUAAAUCUCUCUUAUGCUGUUUUAUAUUAUAAAUAUUAAUAACAUAAAAUAAUAUACUAUUAACUUAAUUAAAAAAAAUGUUGCUGUGUCACACCAUAGAACACGUGUAUGGUAUAUUUUUCAACUAUCCACAUACCUGACAAUAAUAAAUAUCGUCCAACAGAAAAUAUGCAAACGGAAAGGAACAACCAAUUUAAUUUUAAUGAACUAGUUUUGAUCAAUUAGUUAUUGUAUUAUCGGAUAUGCUAAGAUGGUGACCACCCAAGACCUUUUACCAGCCAUAAAUUGCACUUGGGACCGAGGGUAAGUGGAAAUCCGAGCUGGGCUGCAAGGCCUUUUUUCCAGCUGGCAAUCAUUGGGAACUGUGUUCUCCGUUUUAUAGCAAGCUGUGAUUGUAAUAUGAGCUGAUAUUGCUUUAACUGCACUUUGGUGUGUGAGUGGAGAGACGCCAGGCGCCGCGUGUUGAUGUGGGGUAAAACUGUCAGCAGCGCUCUGUAUUACAAACAUUAACCUCUUCCUCCGGAUCAGACGAACAGCAGGAUGUCUGCUUCAGCCCACCUGUAGAGGGCACACUCUUUAGGGGAGAAAAUAAGAUAUUGUGACAACUUAAAGUGAGCCAUGCUUUCCACACUUGAGUCAUUUGUCUCCCCUUAGUGUACCCUUUUUUUCCAUUAUAUCGCAAACUGUUUGUGUGGCUUGGCGUAACGAAAACAAAACAAAGACCCCUCCUGCAGAUUCAGGUUCCCUUGUGAUGCCAUAACUGUGAAUUAACCACAGAUGCCACGCCAGCCCACUCUCUGGUUUUGGUUUAUUUUGUUGGAUUUUAUUUUCGAUUACAUUUGUGGGGUGGAAAUUUCAGUGUAUAUUUGGAAAAUGUUCUAUCUUUUUGGACGUUUUAUUAAUUGCAUCCAGGUUGCACCUUAUCUCACUAAAGCUCCUGGUUCGAAAAGAGAGUCUAAUAAUAUUGUAAUUCUGUCUUUAUCUUUGCUGGUUCAUAUAUAGUUUCUAAUCAUUUCUACUUUUUACAGUGUAUAUGUGGUGUUUCAAUAUUAUCUUAGAUUCUGGGUACUCGACGUUUUUUUAAAUAUUGCAGGGCACUUCACGAUUACAUCCUCUGUAAUGACAGAAACCCAUAUCACUUAAACUGAUCCCAUCAUGGAUUUUUACCGCAGGUAUAUCAGCGCUUGAAGAACUUCAGUUUAUGAAUUUCACCUCACUGUGAGUCAUUUGUUACAGACUAUCUCAUUUCAUUUGGAAUCAUUUCCGUUGAGAGGCAGUCAUUGCCCGCCUUUCCGUUCAGAGGAAGUCAUUGUCCAUCUUUUACAACGUAGCACUUUAAUCUUAUAAAAAUCCAUUGCUGUUGACUUCAGAACCAAGCAAAAAAACACGAGAGUCAACAUUAAAAUAUAACAAUAGUUGUUUAAACAAUUCUGGUUACAGAAGACGAUUAGGGCCUGGUAAAAAAAUGAAUAUCAAGACAUCAAGCAAGAUUUAAGUUGUUAUAUUUCACAAAGGAAAGUUGAUAAAAUGAGUUGCUUUUAUGGAAUGGUCUGCCAAAUGCUUAAAUGUAAAUUUUUCUAAUUAUUAAGUCAUUGUGUCUCGAGAGUUAACUCGGAAAAAAACAUCAGAAUAAAUGAGGAACAGUCUUCAAUGAAGAUUAUACUUAUCUUUAUAAAUCCUGUUUGAUGUUGUUCUGUGAUCUUUUUUUCCAGCCCAUUUUGAACAGUUUAUUAUUUUAAUCGUUUAAUUAAUAUUUGAUUUCAUCAAUUCUGAUUUCUUUUAUUCUUUUCAGUUACCUUGCAUCAAAAUGUAACUACUUUAAUCUUGCACAAUGAUGACAUUUGAUGAUCAAGAUAUUUUUUUUCUUUACUUGGCCCCAGUCCUUUCCAUAUCAAGCCAGUGGUUUUUUGCGCAUGCCUGUCUUUGCUUUGUCUUUGCAGAAACAUAAUCCAUCAAUCAGUUUUCUACCUUUCACUCGUGGUUUAGCAGCCAUUUGUUUUUGUUUUUUUUCAUUCUCUUGAGCUGUGAAAGUUAUUCCUCUUAUCCCUUCAUACAGCAAUGUACCUCCAAUAUGUCAAGGUAAUUACACGAGAGGACAGAUUGUAAUGAGGUUCUUUUGUUCCACUGAAUGUCUUUCUCUUCUUCAUUUUUUUUCUGUAGAUAUUUCCUGUAUUGUGUGAUAUGCUUAUUGAAUAUUUGAUGUUUCAUAAUGGGCUUACGUACAGUGCGGGUGUACUGGAAAAUGACAGCUUUAAGUGUGCCAAGGGUGAAUGCUAGCCAGACAUUAUCCAUGUGGUCAUAAUUUUGUGUUGAGGUUUGUGGAAUCGUUGCCUUGAAAAAGACUAAAGCGUUACUUAUUUUGCUUUUUGUCUCGCUGCUGUGCAGAGACUGAAUUUUGCCACAGCAGCAUUCAGAUCCAAGGAAAAUUAGUUUUAAGUAUCUUUAGUUCAGAUGAAACCAGUGUAUCCCGUCAGACUUGGAAAUAUAAUCAUUUCAGUAUUUAUAGGCUACAAAAGUGAUCCAAUAACUCUCAGAGGCAGUAUUUCUGUGAAUCUCUGCAGGUUGGUGGCCUAUGCGUUUGAGUGGCUUUGUAAUAGCGGUGCUUAGCUGUGAGCUGGCCUGUGCUUGUGGAAAUGGCAGGACCAGGGCAAAGCGCAAGAGGGAUCAAUAUAUAUUUGUUGUUCUUGGCAUGUUGGCCAAGACAUGUUUUGUCAUGUGCGUUUUCAUUCUGAAUCUGAAUGUGUUGGUCUGUGGGGUUGUUUUGUUAAAAAUAAGUGGAGUCUCAGCAUGGACAUUAUGUGAUCGGUCUUGCACAAAAAAGGCCAUUGCUACCGUUUCCAGAGUUAUCUAAGCUAAACACAAAACGAAAUAAACAGCCAGAAUUUAUUUUUGCUUAAAAUGUUUCUUGAUUUUACAAGUUGUCACUGUCAGGAUAAUGUUUUUUUUAAUGGUGUGUGUGGGCUAUUAUGGCUAUAAUGUUCAGAUUAAAUAAUGAAUAUUUCUUUUCUUUAAACCUUUUUUUUCUUUGUUAGUUAUUUUUUAAUGCCAAAAAAGCAGGGGGAGCAAGUUCUUGGGGGAAAAUUAGUUAGCAACGCUGCUUCACUAACCUACAUGCUGAGAUUGUCAAUCAAAUGCUGAGGACCCGCCCACAUGCCAUAGCAAUUCUGAAACUGCCCAGUACUCCACUUUAGCAAGAACCACAACUUCUUAUUGCCGCCACCUUUCACUUUUUUCCAAAUUUCAUGAUUUGAAAGGUUUGGAAUACAUUUAAAGCUAUGUAUUUAUUCACAAUAUUAUCCUCUAGUGAAAGUAAAAAAUGUAUUUUUGAUACAAAUAAAACGUUCAGGUUGUUCUUAGUCUGAAAACAAGCAUGUUGUUUCACUGUCCUACCUCAUUGCUGCUCAUUGUUGUCUAAGUGUGUGCGUCGUUCUAAGGGCAGUCUCACAAUCCUUGUACCUCGUUUUCAUUCAGACAUUUCUAUCGCUCAGUACAGAAUACUUAACAUUUCAUAUUUUUACUUCCCAAACACCCGUUUAUGCUGAUGUUCUGUCAGCGUCAGUUUUGUGGUAGAAGGAGCUCUACAGUGUUUUUAUCUUGAUGGUGCUACUAGCAGACAUAGGGUUCUCUUAAUCUGUUAUUUACCUCAGGUGGUGCUAAUUUUCUAACACCUGCUCUGCAUUGCAUUUGCAAAACUAGUGAUCUGUUCAUUUAAUAGCAACAAUUUGAAUCAUACAUCAAAUAAAAACAAAUUACACCAAGGACAUUUUUUAGUUAAUUUCAAAUAAAACAUACCUCUAACCAAUUACCUCACAUACUUAGAUCAACAGAUGAGAUAUUAAGCAUGUCACACCCUAUCUGUAAUGUAAUGCUGGAGUAAAUCUAGAUCACCUGUACCAUCUACCUAAAUAUUACUGGGCAGUUGACUGCAGUGUGGUCCUCAGCAGAAAUGUGAAAGUGGAAUAACAGUGCGACUAACACAGUAGUCGGUUUAGGGUGGUGGCGGUGGUGAUAUUGUGCAGUAUUGUUGAGGGUUUUCUUAACUUACCAAAGUGGUUCCCUCCCAAAGAUGCUUUUUUGUUGUUGUUAAAACCUGUUUGAAAAAAGUCUCUUGAUUUUCAGUUUUACGAGAACUGUUUUAUAGCUACUCAGAAGUGCGGGUGCGUUGAGUGAUCGACGUUCAGCCGAACGUGAAUUUGUACGUCCACAAGAAUACAAUCAGUAGCAUGUUUUGUUUUAACUGUUUAUUCAGUAGGAUAUUAUGUGAGUACUAAACACAAUUGUGUUAUUGGUCAGCAAACACCAGUUGUUUCAAUGAUUUUAUGUCAUAGGAGGCAGGUGUGUCAUAGGCUUUGUAAACUGACCUCAAGACCAGAAUUGACCGUUUUGCAUUUUAAUCCGAACAUUUUUAUUUUACGUUUUCUCUUUGUCAUGUCUCAUUCAUCUCCUUCAUUCUUGCUGCUGAAUAAAUAUCUGAUAAUAUAUAUGUAUAUGUAUAUAUAUAUAUAUAUAUAUAUAUAUAUAUAUAUAUGCAUAUACACAUACACGUAUGUAUGUAAAAUAUGUAUUAAUCAGUAUUUUUGGAAAGACGUUGAUGGACAAUGUGGCAUAAAAUAACUGUGAAACAUGCUCUCUUUCAGGUCUGUGGUUUUUUAUAUAUGGUCACAUACUGGUAAUACUGGCUUUACCACGGUGUAAAUGAGGGGAGUACCGUUGACCCUGGACUGUUGUGAGCAGGAUAUAUUAAUACAUUGUGCUAUUUACGAUGAUUCUUGUUUCUCAUGAAUUAUGUCUGCACACAGAUUAAGCCCAAGUCUGGACUAAAAGGACACUUGUAUUCAUACUGUGUUUUUAGGCUGAACUUUGUUUCAGCUAAACUCGGCCUCACCGCACCUCACGUCGACCUCCAUGGGGACUUGAACCAUAAAAACAAGGUUAGAAACACAACGAAAAGAAAAACAAAACAAAACGCGAACCAGUUGCACUCCUCACCUGUGCGCAGCUGGUCGUGUGCGUGUACAUGUGUGUAUGAGCGUGUGCGUGCUGCAGUAUGAGUUUUCUUGUUUAAUGUACAGAUCAACAGAAUAAAUUCAGGCUUUUAUUCUACAAACAAAAAACUCUCAUCGAGCUGUUGUUUUCUUUUCCAUAGAAAAGGUUUUCUUGAAUUUAUAGGUUUUUAAAGCAUAUAUGUGGAUUAAAGUGAAUGGACAAGCAGGCCAUUGCUUGUAUUUUGCUAUUUGAUUUAAAGAGUACAUUCCUCAAUAUUUUUAAGGGCUUAUUUUGGUUUAUGGAGUGUCCGACAACAAGUUUAUGUACAUACAUGAUGUAAAAAUACUAUUAUUUCGUAAUAAUAAGCAGUUUUUAUUACCUUACUUCUUGACUGACUCUCAAAUGAUUCGUUCCGCGUUUCAUCUGUGUAAUCUCCGCCUUUCCGCCAGCGUAGUUUGAUCUGAUUGGUCAGAUAGUGUAGUCUGCUGUGAUUGGUCAGAUGGUCUAGUCUGCUGUGAUUGGUCAAAUGGUCUAGUCUGCUGUGAUUGGUCAAACGCGUUCAGCAUGUGUCGCAAAUGGACCGCCUAUUAGUGGUGGGCGAUACUGUAAAAUUUAGUAUCGAUCCGAUACCAAGUAAAUGCAGGGCCAGUAUUGCCGAUUUCGAUACCGAUACCAAUACUUUUUACUUUUAAAAAGCAUUCACUUGAACUUACAUUUACUUUCCUGUAAAUGAAAUGUCAUGAUUUAUCAGAUGAAUGCAUCAUUAAUAUGCUAAAUCUGAAUACAUUUUCAUGACCACUAAAAUAUUUUGUGAUUUGUGCUCUUAAUGUGCCUGUAGGCUAAUUAAUCAUGUAGAUGUUAAAACACUGGACAUCAUUUAAACCAAAUAAAUCAAUUUAUUUAGUUAUUUAUUCCUGUAAUCGAAUUUGCAAACAUGAACUUUGCACCAAAUUAUUACUGGAAAAUAGUAACAAUAACAGAUUAACAGAACAGAAAAACGAUAUAUAACAAAACAAUUUCUCGUUAUCCCAGUACACAAAAGUGCACAAAAUUAUUACUCGAGAACAAAGAUUUUAAAACUGCUUUUCCUUGUUCAGUGUUAUGUUUAGACAAAAUAAUAGAACAAAUUAACAUGUUUCCCUUGCACUACACUUUUUUAAGUGAAUUUAUAAACAAAGUGCACACUAUUAUGCACUUUAUUUACUUUGUGUCUCAAACAAUAAAGUACUUUCAAUCUUUGGCUUUUUACCCCCAAAGGCCCACUGCCAUACAUCGCAGUUCGCAGUGUUUUUAUUCACCGAGGUGAUAAAACUCCACACGAUGCUCCUCUUCUUUUCGCUGGCUGCAGCAGCGUCUGCGUGAUUGCGCUUGGCGCUGCUGAGUCACGUGAUAGCGGACUACAAAACACAGCAUGGCAGGGAGGAGCAACGUGUGCAAAACUAGGUGUAUGGGAAAUAGUUUUUCUUCAUUAUACAAUUAUUAGCUACAUUAGUAAAUAAAUAAAAUCAGUAGUAAAAACUAAAAACACAUUAGUAUCGAUAUUUUUAUGUUAGGAUCGAUCCUUUUCGAUACAACCUCAGUAUCGAAAGUAUCGAUACUUCAGGAUCGAUCCGCCCACCACUACCGCCUAUCAUUGCUACUGUAUUACGGUUUGCAGGUGGUUGGAUAUUAACAGUGUAUAGAGAGAGAUGGCGUCGAUUUUACCUUACCAGUUCGAGCCCGAGUCUGACGAAUCAUUCUUUAAUCCUUAUACAGAUGCCAGUAAGAAAAAGGACUGUUUUAGACACUUCUCUUGUAACAGUUAGUUAUCACGGCAUACAGUGUACGGUGUUCGUAUCUUCAGAUGUUAUUAUAACUAUAGUACACCACGCAGUUCUUGAAAUAAAGACUUUGCGAGUUAAUAUGGUUGAACACUUACAUUAGCGCAACGAGUUUAUAGCUAACGUUAGGUAAACAAACAGUAACAACCCCAAAAAUAACGGUAACGUUAGCUAAACACAGACAUGAGAUAACGUCACACAAAUUUAAUUUUAAGUAAAGACAAAAAUAAAGAGUCACACUUACAGGUUGUGAUUCGGUGGAGCUUACAGGUCCAAAUAAAGUUGGUAUUGCAACAUCUUUUAAGGAAAGACGUUUAAUGUAUCCUGCAGUAAAGGCGCCAAGAUUGAUGAAGCAAUCUUCUGUAAAAUGACGCGCGCAAAGUAAAACGUUCGGUUUAUACUCCUUUGGUGUCGUUUGAAAAAUAAAUAGUAACCAUUUUUUCCUCAGAAGUUCUUCCUUUGGUAGUGAAAAUAAGACUGACUUAGUUUCACUACAUAGAACACAGCUUCUCUUAGACAUGAUGCACACGUCACGAACGAGCUAGUACAGUGUUUGGGGAGGAGAGAGUUAAAUUUUCGCAGUCCUAGGCGGGGAUUUUUUCUAGUGACGUAGGUACAUUGUGGUUAAAGAUUCGGACAGGUCAUGACUUGUUCGCGUGAUUCAGAGUCGAUUACCUUUUUUAUAAGCUAAUAACUUUGUUAUUCGUUCACCUUCGGAUUUACAAUUUGGCAGAUUGCUUACAUUCAAACACGGCAAAAUUAAACACUUCAUCAAAUGUAUUUUUUAUGAUCUCGAGGAAUGUACUCUUUAAAGUAUAUAAAGGCUGAUCUGACUGGACUUGUAGCUGCCCAAGUCAAAAAAAGUGCACUUAGUACACUUUAAGUACACUUCAUAAUGUACUUAGUGAUAGUUCACCCAAAAAUGAAUAUUCUGUCAUCCUCUUGUCAUUUCAAAGCUGUGUGACUUUCUUCUGCAGAAUACAAAUAAAGAUACAUUGGCGGUACCCAUUCACUUUAAUUAUAUAUAGACACAACACCAAUGCGAGUCAAAAUCUUCAAAAUAUCUUGUUUUUUUCAGAAGAAAGUCAUACAGGUUUGAUAUGACAAGAGGGCGAGUAAAUCAUGACAGAAUUUUCAUUUUGGGGUGAACUAUCACUUUAAUGUGCUCUAUGGUCAAACAUUAAUUUUGUACUUAAUAUACUAAAAAUAAUGUUUUUGUACUUUUCAUGGUGUCUCGAAAUAGCUCAGUUGCGUACACUUAAAUCAUCAUGUUUUUUUACCUGGGUGGUUUCAUAUAAUCCGGCUAAAAUGACCAACUUGCCGACCAGCUAAACAAGCUGAUCACCAGUUUAACCAGACUGGGAUACCAGCUUUAAGGCUAUCUUAGGCUUCCUUUGCAGUAUACGGUAGAUGUAUGUGAUGUAGCUGCAACAUUCUGCUUUUUCUCGCUUUCAAAUCCUUAAUAAGUACAAUGUUUUACAGUUAAACAAGUAUAUCUAUAUUGGAAGGCAACCCUCAAUGCCAGUCCAAUUCUUCGUCCUUGACUCGCCUAGACACACAGAUGUACAUCCGCAAGGGAUGUGGUGUGAUGUUUUUGUUUGAUGUGCGAAGUUGAGGUGAGAAAGACUGAGAAUGGGUUGAGGAUUAAAAGCAAGAUUGAUCUGGGUGUCAAAGAUAGAUAAGCGCACGCCCAGUCUGAGUUAUUGAGGCGUGAGACUGAUAUCAGACCACACACACACAUCCUCUGAAGUUCAGGUUGCAUUGAGCUCCUGUAAUAAAUGAGAAUGUCAAAAAUCUAUUCUAAUAUUAAAUGAGCAAUUAUACCCAAAUGACGGAGCUGGAAAUGAAAUCGGCUGAUGGGGAGCUUUCCGGAAACUUUUGGAAUUUUUCCCAAUUUCGUUUUUUCAGAAAUCCUGAGCAUCUCUUUUGUGGUGAAGAUCUUUAAAUCAUUUUCAACCAAACGACUCGCAAUUAUCCGUCAUGCAGAUAAAAGUCUGUAGUCUUUCUUUAGUAUUGAAGACAUCCUCUGCGCUGCUCUUUUCAAGCUGCUAAGCACUUCUUUGGCAAAUGUUAUUGCCUACCUAUGCAGUCUUUCUCUCCCUCCCCUCUCUCUGCCAGCCCAAGGGGACUGCUGAAUGUCAUUAACAAUAACAGAAUCCACAUGGCUGUAAUAUUUUGCAGUGGUGGUAUUGACACAGAGAUGAUUUAGUGUAGUAAUGAUGGAUUGAGCUGGGCGUCAGGGCCUGCGUGUGCAGGGACGCGUGUUCACCGCUGAGAGACUUGCUUCAAUUCCCUGUAUUUUAUUGCAUUGGAUUUUUCACCUGCUAGAGGAGAGUGAGACCAACUCUCAGUGUCAAGAUUUCAGACUGUUCAUAGCGAGUGGACAGGCAUUUAUGAGGAAAGCAGGUCUAGUACAGGUGCAUUAGUCAUUUCAGUAUUUGUUUUAAUAUACAUUUGUUUUAUACGUAGUUUGACUGUCAUUACGGAAGGUAUGUUAUAAGUCUCAUGUUCAAACCUUGCAUUGUAUAGUAUUGUACAUGAAAUAUGUAUAUUGUUCACCGUUCAUUAUGAAUUACUUGGAUGACCUACUACUAUACAGUAUGUUUUAUAAAUCUGAGCACACACUGAAGUAAUGUUUCAUAAUCCCUGGGUGUAACCUGCUUGUGGCCUAAAAUGCUGGGAUAAGCUCCAGCCCCCUGCUAGACUGAAUAGAUGGAUAUAUUUUAUAAUGCAAGACUAUUGACUCUUGUGGACAUUUUUACUUUGAAGACAUUUUUGCAACAAAUUGGAUUUGAAAUGUAAAAUUACUGUUAUUGCCAAGAUGAUAACAGAAUGCCAUCUAAAGUAAAUUAAAGGGAUAGUUCACCCAAAAAUGAAAAUUCUGUCACUCAUGUCAUUCCAAACCUGUAUGACUUACUUUCUUCUGCAGGAAAAGAUCUAAGAUCAUUGGUUCACCAACAAUAUUGGCACGAAUUGACUUCCAUUGUAUGGACCACUGAGACAUUUCUCAUAUAAAGGUUUUGAAUGACACGAGGGUUGAUUAAUAAUGACAGACUAUCCCUUUAAGCACUUAGUGUAGCAAACAUGAAAUGCUUUUGUUUCAUUUGCAUACAUAGGCCUAUGCAUUGUUAAAGUUUAUAAGUUUGCUCUUAAAAUACUUAGUUUUCCAGUUUAAAAAGACCUCCUGUUAAGUUCCUAGACAGCAUUAGCACUUGCCGUUUCAGUCCUUGUGAGCCCCCGAGUUCCAUAGAUUAGUAACUUUGAGAUGAAGUGAGAUAGCACAGGAGAUGCGUGAGGGCGGGGCCUACGAGAGGCUCUGAGUGGCACUUGUGAAAUGUGCUCGUUGUCACAUCACCGCAAACCCCGAUGACCCUGAGCGGUAUUUCAUUGUAUCCAGCGGUGGUGACAGGAGAGCGGGGACGGGUGGCAGACGCAUACUGGGCGCGAGGCACUUUAAUCAGGCCCCGCUUCCAGUCGGACGUCCAUCACGGCCUUCAUUGAUGCGCUGUCACAGAGACGCUGCAGUCAGCACCAGUUCGUCGCGCAUCAUCCUUUACCUGUGGCUCGGCACUGCGAUCGUCAUCCUUUAGCAGCGGGGGUGUGUGAUUGGGCGGCUGGUGGGACAAACGCUGUCACCGGAGGGGGGACCGCAGUGAUGGAAUUGAAAGUAUAUGUAAAGAUGAAUAGAACUUUCAGGCAGAUGUUUAGAAUUCCACAUGCGAUAAUUAACCGGUGAGUUUUGCAAGAGUAGUCAGGUCUCUGUGUGCGUUAAAACCAGCAGAGCAUUUAAUACAAUGAAGCAUGAGGCAGAAUAUCAGUGACAGCCCGCGCGCACACGCGCUCCUGCUUUUUGAUAUACAUGAAACAUGAACAUAAAAGCCCCGAGGGAAUGAAAUGUAGUUUUCCAGUUGAAAGCCCCCUUGAAACGUGUCCUCGUCCGGUUGACAUUUUCGGCAACCAAAAUCCAAAGUUCCUUCAAACACUCGGAAUGAUCAAUUUAUUUUUUAUGUCACCACAGACGAAAUGUUGAAGCAGUGGUGUAUUAGAUUUUCGCUGUUUAUUUGCCAUCUCUUUGCUGGUCUUGUGUUUGUGACCAUUAUUUGGAAAGGAAGGUCGUACGUUCCUCUGUAAAUGCUAUUAACCUAUGCACACCCGGUUCUCCAUAGCGCAGGAACUAAUCAAUGGAUGCGAUCUCGCUCUGGCUAAAUAGUUUUUAUAGCUUUGAUAUAUUGAUGCGUGGACAUUGAUUCGGUCCGGCCCUCGACCUGAAAAACGCUGAACAAUAUAUAAGAUCGAGAUGAGGAGAAAGAGACAAGGACAAAUCUCAGAAUGUUCAUUUUUUUAUGUGCACAGUGAUUCCUUCCUGUGCUUUUAUAGUGUUGAGCUUUGAGGUUCUAUUUAAUUAAUUCUGCUUUCAGUUGUUGUUGAAGUUAAACAUGUCAAUCAAAUGGCCCAAGAAGGUUAGUCAUAUUAAAUGAAUAGUAUACCAGAAAUGAACAUUCUUUAUGUACUAACUUUCAUAUCUUUUCAAAACUAACUGAAGAAUCUAUAUGUAGUUUGUUAAAAAAAUAUUUUAAUGCCUUUUAGGUUUAGUCAACAUACAAGACAUGGCUUUACAAAGACUUUGAAUGUAUCAGAUGUUGUAAAGAUUUCUUUAAUGAUAAUGAUUUAAUGUUUUUGGUAGAGGUGAACAGUACUUAAAAAGACAUGAAUUACUCACCCUCUAGUUGU